CAAAUGCAGAUAUGUGGAGAGGCAAUCCCUCUAGCAAAGAUUGCAUGCCCGGUGGCCCUGACAACAUUAUUGUUGUUCUCAAAGAACAUAAUCUCCAUGCUGUUCUUGGGCCACAUGGGAAAAACCGAGCUCGCAGGUGGUUCCCUGGCAAUUGGGUUUGCCAACGUGACAGGCUACUCCGUCAUGAAAGGCCUAUGUAUGGGAAUGGAGCCCAUUUGUUGCCAAGCUUACGGAGCCAAGAGAUUCCCUCUCCUCAGCCAAACAUACAUUAAAAUGUUCCUUCUCCUAUUAUCCGUUUCCGUUCCCAUAAUUCUCCUAUGGCUUAACGUUGAACCGCUGUUUAUAAGGUUAGGACAAGACCGUGUGAUUUCGAAGGUAGCGAAAGGGUAUUUGGUGUUUUGUAUCCCGGAGUUGUUGGCUAACGCUCACCUGAAUCCUCUCCGGGCGUUUUUGAGGACUCAGGGGUUGAAUUCUCCGGCGACGUUGGUGGCGACUUGCGCCACCGUUUUGCACCUUCCGAUCACGUAUUUUUUGGUCACGUAUUUGAAUUUGAGGGUGAAAGGGAUUGCUUUGUCAUCGGUUUUGUACGCGUUGAAUGUGAAUACUGGGCUGUUGAUUUAUCUUGUGGUGAGUAAAGUGGUGAUUAAGCCUUGGGUGGGGGCCAGUUUGGCCUCCGUGGCACAAGGGUGGAAGCCGUUGAUGAGUUUAGCGGUUCCGAGUUUGUUCUCCGUUUGUUUGGAGUGGUGGUGGUACGAGAUUAUCCUGUUCUUGAGCGGGUUACUGGAUAACCCGGAUUCGUGUGUAGCGGCCAUGGGGAUUUUGAUACAAACCACGGGGACCAUUUACGUUUUCCCGUUUUCGUUAAGUUUGAGUAUUUCGCAGCGGGUCGGGCACGGGUUGGGCGCGGGGCAGCCCGAGCAGGCCCGGUCGGCGGCGACCGCGGGGUUUUGCAUCGCGUUAGGGGUCGGGCUUUUGGCGUUCGGGCUGAGCGUGGCUUUGCGGUCUGUUUUGGGGAGACUGUAUACGACUGACCCGCAAGUUUUGGGUUUAAUCCAAAUCGCGCUCCCGCUUUUGGGAUUAGCCGAGGUCGGGAACUCGCCGCAGACCGCGGCGUGCGGCGCGCUCACCGGCUCGGCGCGGCCCAACCUCGGCGUGAGGAUAAAUAUGGCGUCGUUUUACUUGGUUGGGCUGCCUUGCGCCGCCGUGUUUGCGUUCAAACUCAACAUUGGUUUUCGCGGGCUUUGGUUGGGACUCGUGGCGGCGCAGGCGGCGUGUUUGGUUCUAAUGAUUUUCACUUUGUUUCAAACCGACUGGAAACUUCAGGCCAAGAGAGCUGAGGAGCUGACUCAAACAACCGCCGCCGCCGCCGACAAGGAGGACGCCGGAACCAACCUCGUAACAUGAUGUUCUUCUCCACAUUAAUUGAAUUGGUAAUUCAUUAAUUUAACUGAUUUUGAGUGGCAAUUUUCAAUUCUUUGUUAAAGAAAUUUGCAGAGUUUAAUUUGAUGUUUCUAACAUGGGAAGAAUCUUAGUAACAUGCUUGUACUCGUUACUAUUUUUUACUAGUGAAGUAGUGUUUCAAGGAUAUGAAUUCAAUAGUAGUAGCGGAAUUAUUCUUUGUUUUUUAAAGAAAAUUUUUCUCACCCUAGCAUGUGGCAGGAAAAUAUUGUGUAAAUUUUCUUCUCAAUUUUGGAUUUGUAUAGUAGAGAUUUGUACCAAUAUUUUAGUCUUGUACACUUUUUACUUAUAUGGGUAAUUUUGCCAACAACGACCCAUUAACCAAAUAAUUAAAUGGAAUGUCAAGAUUUUCAAUCUA